AUGCUACCUAUCCCUGUUAUGGACGUCCACUCUAUCGCCGUGUUGAACGAGCGGAACUCGUCUCUCUUCGGUAUUGAAGCUUACCCUUUGGUUACUCGUGAAUACAAUGCUAACGAUCCCGAUGAAGAGCUCUUUGGUCUUUCCUACACUAGAGCUCGAGCAGCAGACGUGAAGAGCAGUAUCAUGACUCAAGAAGAUGACUAUUGGGAGGAUGCCUUCUCUACAACUCUUCAACAAGACGAGUGUACUGCGAAGGAGAUGGAUCUAGCUGCUCGAGACUUAAACGAUACAGUGGCAUCAACUGGUGAUUUAGAGUCUAUUCUGGACUAUCGAUAUAUUACACGAGCUUCGGAUGAGUCUGAUGACGGAGCUGAACCGGCUGUGAAGAGGAUACGGCUCGCGUUCUCGGGUGGUAUUGCAAGACCGAGAUCGCCCAGCACCUCAGAUGAAAUGUCGAAUCUGGUUUUGGACUUGGCCGCUCUUCAUGACGGUGAUGUUGGAGCCAUCUUCAGAGAUUAUGAGGUGGAGUAUCGUAAGAGGAAGGCUCUGGAC